AUGAGUUUCCUUUCGUCGUUGAGCCAAUAUGUGGCGGGUGUGGCCGACAGCGUGGCCGGCCUGGCCCUCUCUCCGCGCCGGGUGCCUCCGUCCCGCCACAGAUCCGCUGAAGAAUCUCAGCAACAACCACAAUCCUCAGCGGCAACUAUGAGAGGUUUUCCCCGUGUUCUGCCAACUGAAGGUGCAUCAGCACUUAACGCAAGACGUCGAACCUUAGACUGUUUGGCACCAGCCACACCCCACCGCCGUGGGGGAUCCCUGCGUGUCCCCAGGAAUCUACCCCCAGAGAAGCCUACUAUGGCAUUUUGCAAACGUCGCCUGUCAUGGCCAGAAGUUGAUAAUACUGUUAACUCAGGGGUUCAAGAUACGGAUGGCUCGUAUUUCGAAAGCUUCACAGCUUUGUCAUGGCGUCAAGAGAACAGGCGGCUUGCUGCCCUGCGAUUGGCUGAAGCUCGCGCAGAGCGUCCACCACCAGCUCCGCAAGAUCUCGGCCUACCGAGUGUUUCUGCUCAACUGUCACAUAAAGAACAUGAGCAUCUCUAUACUGAGGUUCUUUACUGCAUAGAAAAUGCGGUAGGCGCACCGGCGCCCGAUGGGCAAUUCGCGGCUUACAAGGAAGAGGUGAUCGAGUACGCCCGCCGCGCUUUCAAAGUGUCUCCAGAGGUGCACGGCAGGGCUCUGCGUGCUGCGGGCAGUGAACGCCCUCCCACCGUCGUGCUGGGCUGCGCUGUCAUUGAAGCUGAUGGGCUAGAAGCUAAGGAUGCUAAUGGGUUCAGCGAUCCGUAUUGCAUGUUGGGUAUCCAACCGGCGUCGCUGCCCGCUUCCCCGAGGGCUUCAGAGGACGAGGGUCGCAAACACGGCUUCCGCUUGAGUUUCAAACGCCGUGACGGACGUCAACAGCGUGACAGUUUGGGCAGGCUGCCAGCCCGGUACAUUCGCGCCACAAGUGUGCGACCUCACACCCUGUCGCCCAAAUGGAAUGAGACGUUCAAAUUUGACAUAGACGACAUAUCAUCGGAUGUGCUACACCUAGACAUAUGGGAUCACGAUGAUGAGAGCUCCGUGCUAGAUGCCGUAUCCCGUCUCAACGAGGUCCGUGGCGUCCGCGGCCUCGGUCGUUUCUUCAAGCAAGUGUGCCAAAGCGCUCGUCAAGGGAGCCAGGAUGAUUUUCUUGGAUGUGUCAACAUACCGCUACGAGAGAUCCCGUCAACUGGGGUGGAGGCGUGGUACAAGCUGGAUGCCCGCUCCCAGCGCUCGUCAGUGCAAGGCAGGAUUCGACUGCGACUCUGGCUCUCUGCCCGUGAAGCUGGGAGACAUGAUGACGAUAAUUGGCAACAGGUACGCCAACACGAGCGCCUCUUCGGAGUUCUCCUAGCGCAUGAGGUGGAAACAGCGUCCAACGCUCCCAGUGAAGGUGCUGAGAGCGACAGCCAUGCAUGGGAGGGCGACUUGUGCGGCGCAGCUCAGACGCUGCUACAUCAACAUGCUGUGCAGGGCGACUUGAGCCCGCUGCAAGCUGCUAUCGCACGCUUUGCUGCUGCCUGCCGACUUAAUAGUGAUGCACCGUUGGACCCAAAGUACAUGUUCAAACUGCUAAACGAACUAGAGCGAGCAUGGUGUGCUAGCGAGGCGCUAUUAGGGGGUGGCAGUGGGGACGCGGGCGCGUGUGCGUCGCGCGACGAAGAGCGCUGGCUCGCAGACUGCUUCGGGGAGUUUGUGGAGCGCGCAUUGCAUCAAUUGCGACUCCAUAGGGACUUGUAUCCCGUGCUGCAUCAUCUCAGCUUGAACAAGUUGGAAUAUCUUCUGAGAUGCUUAAAUCAGCUGUCCCAGAUGAAAGCUUUCUGGAGGUGCUGUCCGUUCAGUAAGGAAAUGCGGAGCGAAAUAGUGGCAUCACUGCGGAAAGGUACAGCGGAGUGGUACGAAGCGUUGUGCGCUCAAGACACUGAGUCAGAACGGGGAGAGGAUCUGGUCAAUCUCAUCACACUAGUACAAAUUGAUUUGCAGCAAGGCCUCACAUACUACCACCCCUUGUUUGAAACGACUAACAACGUCCCAUACUUCAACGUUGUUUUUACACAGAUUGAUAAAAUGGUGUCGGAAGAUGUAAAGCAAUGUGUCGAGAUCUGGAUAUCGGAGGGUUGGUGUGGUGUGGCCGAAGAGGAUGGUUAUGAUGAGCACGGCAAUGCGGUAUGUAGCGUGGUGUCAGCGAAGACGUUGCCGUUCGAGGUGCUGGCGGCGGUGCGCGAGUUGUGCGCGGCGGCCGCGCCCGCGCCCCCCGCGCACGCGCCACACGCCCAGCACGAACCGCCGCCGCAGCUUCUCGAAGCUUACCAAUGGUUCGAACCGCUGAUCGAUCGAUGGCUGGCCGUCACUAAAACUAUGGCGCUGCAAAGAGUCCGGGCAGCUGUGGAACUUGAUCGGGCAGUAGAAGGAGAACACAUCGUGAAACAUAGCACAUCUUCAGUCGAUACGGUGGCUUGUCUGUACCAUAUGAGGCUUGUAUGGCGGGCAAUAGGCGGAGCUGAAGAGGGAACCUUGGGAGGGAGUGUGAGACUGUUAGAAGCGGCUUGUGCGACGGCCCUGCACUACGCUGACUUAGUGCAUGGAGCCCUAGCUGAUCAGGGAUAUUAUGAAAACCAUGGACAAAAUAAAACAACAGAAGAGAUAUGCACGAUCGUGAAUAACUUGGAGUACGUGCGGCGCUCGCUCUCCGAGUACGACGAUGAACACAUUGCCAACGACGAGAACUCUCGUCAGCUGGUUCGCGGCGCGCUCGGCACGCUCGAGUGUCGCUCGAUGCGCGCGGCCGUGCCGCUCGCGGUGCGCGCGCGCCCGCCGCUGCGCAAGGCGGUGUUCCAUCUCGCAUGGUCGCCGGACUCGCUGCCCACACAACAGGCGAUUACGCCACUCCUGGAAUUCUUGGAUCAACAUUUAUCUUCUCUGAAUACAUGGCUGUUGCCGCGAGCUUUUACGAGAUCAUUAGCGGCCUGUUGGAACGCUGUGUUGAAGGAAGUCUCAAACCAAGCGGACUCUGGCGGUGCUGAAAAACCAAGAGUCUAUCAUCACAGACUUAAAGAAGCGCUAGAUCUUUUGGCCGAAUUCUUCCACGCUGAAGGAAAAGGACUUCCAAUGUCAGAAGUGCACAACUCAGAAUGGAAGCGUCUAGAACAACGGAUGCAAUACCAUCAGGCUCCGACUGAGGAACUGCUAGAGCUGUGGCUGGAAGACCGACUGGCGGAACAAGCUCGCACUCCCAUGCCUUCUCCAUAUGGGUCUAUUUUAAUACGCGUGUACUUCAACCACGACUCGCUGUGCGUGGAGAUACUCUCCGCGCGCGACGUGAUCCCGCUCGACCCGAACGGGCUGAGCGACCCGUUCGUGGUCAUCGAACUACUGCCCAAGCGGCUCUUCCCCAAGACACAUGAACAGACCACUAAUGUUCAAAAGAAAACGCUAAACCCCGUGUGGGACGAGUGUUUCGAGUUCAGCGUGUCCGUGGAAGCGUGUCGCUCUCCGCAAGCGACGCUUGCGCUGUCCGUGUGGGACCGCGACGUGCUCACGGCGGACGACUUCGCGGGCGAAGCGUUCGUGCCGCUCGCGCGCGCGCCCGGCGUGCACUCGCACGCGCCGCCCGACCCGCUGCGACCCGUCGAGCUGCCGCUGAUGCAGCUGCAUGAUCGAGGCCAUCCAAUCUUGCAGAUACUGGAAUCUCGAACAACGGACAAAUUGGCUUUGGAUUUCGUGAAAAAACAAAAGCUGCGAUUCGCGGAAUAAGGAACUCGUUUUCCUUAUCACUACUGUUAUAUUUAUUACUACAAUAUAUUAUAUGUUACACUGUCCUUUGAUUUGUUUUCUGUUUGCACAACGUCCAUUCGAACAUUUCGACAAUAUAUUCAAAAUAUAUUUUAAAGAACUUUGACUUUUACACUAUAUAUAUUAAGUACUCGCUAAGGUAAACAUUUUAUCAGUAUUAAUAUAUGUAUAUAUUUGUAUGUGUACUAAAGACUGUGUAAUUCUUCUAUUUAUGAGAGAAUAUUAUGCAUAUUAUGUGGUUUUCAAAAUUUAUAUACUUGUGUAUAGCCUGCACUCUCGGAGCUUAUGUCCCUAGUUGUUAGAUUCUUAGAAACUCCCGACCAAGUACUUUAAGACUUGUUUGUUAACUAUAAUUUUUGUAGUUUACUCGUAAAUACAUCUAAGGCGCAAACGUAUCAAUGUUGUAAGAUUCUAAUUUAUUCACUAAUCAUUCAUUUUAUGUACGUAAUUAAUUAUAUUUAAUACCACUCUCUACCAUUAAAAAAAAGUUCCUUUUUGCGCAAAAAAAGACCACUCAACAUAUCUGAAACUUCCCAGGUCUAUAUAUUUUUUGCAUCAUUCGUAUCUACUUCAAUUGAAUCUUUCUUAUUUAGUUCAAAUAUGUAGUUUAAAAUUGUUACGCUGCGCCGAACACACCGUAGUGACAUUCAAUACAAUUCAAGCACGAAAAACCUGAGCAAAUUACGUUUUCUAAAAGACUGGCAUCUUUACAAAUUCACAGAAUGCUUCUUCACUAAUCCACAACUAAACUGAAAUCCUUUGCACAGCUCUCGACCCACCUUUGUGCCGCGUUAUCUAAGCUUUAAGAUGAGCUUCAGCAGUCUCGAGAUUUCCUAUCAUAUCUAAUUCUACACCUAGUCUUGACGACUGAUUUUUCAUUGUUAGUUUUAAUCGAUAUUUGUAUUAUGAAUAUUUAAUAUUUUAUAAAUUGAUGUGAAAUUUUUAAGUGUAUACAAGUGAACUAAUAUAGAUAAAUUGUAUUGAUGUUUAUAAAUGGCUUAGUUGAUAAGUGGAACAUAUAUAAUAUGUGUUAUGUAGUACUUUCAUUGUGGCUUGUUUUUAAGAUUAUCCACGGUUGUAACUGUAUAACGCAUUCAAUGUUGUGAUUUUAAGUAUAUAUAGACAAUUUAAUGUAAGUUUCAUUUUAUAUUGCUUAUCCAAAACAACAGUUUAUUCGUAUUAUGUGAAAUAUUAAACGUGAAGCGAAUGUUAAUUUGCAGAUUUUUAACACUCUUCUUAUACCUAACCGUGAUGGAUCUAUCGCAUAAUCGCAAAGUACCUACUUAUUCAAUACGAACAAAGAGUCCUGCGUAACCAGUAACUUCUAAAUAAAAUGUUUUAUAAAGAUAAAGCAUUGAAAAUUAUAAAAAUUAGCUUUUGAUAUUCGUAUAUUUUUGCAUACAGAUUUAAAUAUUGGUCCAGUUUUGUAUUUAACAUAAACAAUUCAUAUCCACUUCAGAAAGCAUAUCGCCGAGCUUAUUGUUAGAAAUAUAAUUUUAUAAGAGAUUUUAAUUAUUAUUUAACCAAAAAUAUUUUAACUAAACCAUACCAAAAGGUCAAUUAAAUUUUAGGCUAUAUCUAUU